UUCAUAUUGUACACAAUCAUCAUGGCGACCCAGGAUGGUGGGUAUUGACAAAAUAUAAUGUUAUGCUUUCCCAAAUGUCUAUGCGGUGCAAUUGAUCAAUUUUCAAUUAAUUAUCUUAGGCAUUUAAUCGUCUUUCUGGUGUUAGUGCAAAUUGAACAUGUCAAUGGGAUUUGAAAUCAUAUUUUCUUCAUAAUCCAAUGUUCGCCCGGUUAUCCUGGUCACUGGCUAGCUGCUAGCCAACCAUAUUUAGCUAGCUAACGUUAGCACUUUCGAUUUUGUUACAGAGCCAAAAUAACUAGAGCUAUGGUUACAUAAUUUGAUUCUAAAAACCUAUGACAAAUGUAAUAAGUGUAGCUAUCUCUAUGUUCUCAUGUAGCUAUCAUUAGCUAUAUUAGGUAUUUAUAAGCUAGUAAGUUAUGUUAACUAGCUAGCCAACUCUAUCUGACUGCAGAUGUAGCUUGGAUGUGUCAGCUAACUAAGCUAGCAUGACUAUGUAGCUAGCAAGUUAGCGCUGUUUGCAAAUAAGCUACAGUAACUCGCUAACAGCCACGUGAGAUGUCAGACUUGGCUAACGUGGCUAAACGACCCACAGAAUACCAAAUAGGUCACCAAGUCAGUUGCUUGCAGCUGCUUUGUCAUAACAAACAACGAACUGCAUGAAGCCAUACUUGCUAGCUGUUACUUGGCUGAGAAGACCUAAUGUGACAAACUUUUCCCAGACAUUGAGUUUUGACAUAGCUGUGCCUGGCUGGGAAUUCUUGUGGAUUUGAGAAUUCUCAGCUAAAAUGUGCCUUUCUUAAUCCUUUCGUAGGAAGUGAAGAAGUCGUAAUGGAAACUGAAGCCACGUUGAAAGAGCCACAACAACUGUGUGAAAAUGUUGGCAAAGGGAAUGCUGAAGUAUCGGAAACUGUGUCUCGGACAGAUGAUGCCGGGGAAAGCUCUUCAAAUCAGGACCCUACUGUCAGCAAUGGAGAUGACAGUGAUGAAGGAAAGGAGAUGGUGGAUCUAAAGAUUAUUUGGAACAAGAAUAAGUAUGAUCUCAAAAUUCCUUUAGAUGGCACUGGAGCCAAACUGAAAGAGCGGAUCCAUUCACUCACUGGUAAGUAGUUAUUUAGGCUUGCGUACUAACUACUUGGAUACGUAUAACAGUCACUGUUUAUUUAUGCAUCUCUCCCACGCUCUCUUUUUCUCUCAUAUGUUAAUAGGUCUUCCACCUGCUAUGCAGAAAGUAAUGUACAAGGGACUGCUACCAGAAGAUAAGACGCUACGUGAAAUUAAAGUUACAAAUGGUGCAAAAAUAAUGGUGGUGGGAUCUACAAUAAAUGAUGUACUAGCUGUAAAUACUCCAAAAGAGGUUAUUCAGCAGGAAGUUAAAGCUGAAGAAAACAAAAAGGAACCUUUGUGUCGGCAAAAAGUAGGACUUUUCAACGUCUUUUGAUUUCCAUAUUUGUAAAUAAACAACAGCUUUUUUGCCCAAGGUAUGGUCACAGGUUAUUAUAUUUUUUAUUCAACUGUGAACUUAAAAUAAUAAUAUAUUGAAUUUCAGCAACACAGAAAGGUGUUGGACAAAGGCAAACCAGAGGACAUAAUGCCAUCUGUUAAAGGAACAAAGGUGAGUAUUUUCAACCCCCCUCCCCCCCCCCCCCUCCCCUUGCCCUCAGAACAGCCUCAAUUCUUCAGGGAAGUCAGGAACCAAUAUACACAAUCAGUUAGGAAAGCAAAGGCUAGCUUUUUCAAACAGAAAUGUGCAUCCUGUAGCACUAACUCCAAAAAGUUUUGGGACACUGUAAAGUCCAUGGAAAAUAAGAGCACCUCCUCCCAACUGCCCACUGCAGUUGGCUAGGAAACACGGUCACCACCGAUAAAUCUACAAUAAUCGAGAAUUUCAACAAGCAUUUUGCUACGGCUGGCCAUGCUUUCCACCUGGCUACCACUACCCCGGCCACCAGCUCUGCACCCUCCGCUGCAACUUGCCCAUGCCCCCACCGCUUCUCCUUCACCCAAAUGUAGAUAGCUGAUGUUCUGAAAGAGCUGAAAAAUCUGGACCCCUACAAAUCAGCUGGGCUAGACAAUCUGGACCCUUUCUUUCUAAAAUUAGCCGACGAAAUUGUCGCAACCCCUAUUACUAGCCUUCGUAACUUCUGAGAUCCCCAGAGAUUGGAAAGCUGCCGCGGUCAUCCCCCUCUUCAAAGGGGUGACACUCUAGAUCGAAACUGUUACCGACCUAUAUCCAUCCUACCCUGCCUUUCGAAAGUAUUUGAAAGCCAAGUUAACAAACAGAUCACCGACCAUUUCGAAUCCCACCGUACCUUCUCCGUUAUGCAAUCCGGUUUCCGAGCUGGUCAUGGGUGCACCUCAGCCACGCUCUAGGUCCUAAAUGAUAUUAUAACCGCGAUCGAUAAAAGACAGUACUGCGCAGCCGUCUUCAUCGACCUGGCCAAGGCUUUCGACUCUGUCAACCACCGCAUUCUUAUUGGCAGACUAAAUAGCCUUGGUUUCACAAAUGACUGCCUCGCCUGGUUCACCAACUACUUCUCAGAUAGAGUUCAAUGUGUCAAAUCGGAGGGCCUGUUGUCUGGACCUCUGGCCGUCUCUAUGGGGCUGCCACAGGGUUCAAGUCUCGGGCCGACUAUUCUCUGUGUAUAUCAAUGAUGUCGCUCUUGCUGCUGGUGACGCUCGCAUCCACCUCUAUGCGGAAUACACCAUUUUGUAUACAUCUGGCCCUUCAUUGGACACUGUGUUAACAAACCUCCAAACGAGCUUCAACGCCAUACAACACUCCUUCCGUAGCCUCCAACUGCUCUUAAACACUAGUAAAACUAAAUGCAUGCUCUUCAACCAAACGCUGCUUGCACCCGCCCACCCGACUAGAAUCACUACUCUCGGCGGGUCUGACCUAGAGUAUGUGAACAACUACAAAUACCUAGGUGUCUGGUUACACUGUAAACUCUCCUUCCAGACUCACAUUAAGCAUCUCCAAUCAAAAGUUAGAUCUAGAAUCGGCUUCCUAUUUCGCAACAAAGCCUCCUUCACUCAUGCUGCCAAACAUGCCCUCGUAAAACUGACUAUCCUACCGAUCCUUGACUUCGGCGAUGUCAUUUACAAAAUAGCCUCCAACACUCUACUCAGCAAAUUGGAUGUAGUCUAUCACAGUGCCAUCCGUUUUGUCACCAAAGGCCCAUAUACUACCCACCAUUGUGACCUGUACGGUCUUGUUGGCUGGCCCUCACUACAUAUUCGUCGCCAAACCCACUGGCUCCAGGUCAUCUAUAAAUCACUGCUAGGCAAAUCCCCAUCUUAUCUUAGCUCCAGCAGGUAUAUCUCACUGGUCAUCCCCAAAGCCAACACCUUUGGCUGCCAUUCCUUCCAGUUCUCUGCUGCCAAUGACUGGAACGAACUGCAAAAAUCUCUGAAGCUGGAGACUUAUCUCCCUCACUAACUUUAAGCGUCAGUUGUCAGUGCAGCUUACCGAUCACUGCACCUGUACACAGCCAUUCUGAAAUUAGCCCACCCAACUACCUCAUCCCCAUAUUGUUAUUUAUUUUGCUAAUUUGCACCCCAGUAUCUCUAUUUGCACAUAAUCUUUUGCACAUCUAUCAUUCCAGUGUUAAUACGAAAUUGUAACUAUUUUGCACUAUGGCCUAUUUAUUGCCUUACCUCCAUAACUUGCUACAUUUGCACACACUAUAUAUAGAUUUUCUGUGGUAUUUUUUACUUUUAUGUUUUGUUUUACCCCAUAUGUAACUCUGUGUUGUUUUUAUCGCAGUUGUAAAUGAGAACUUGUUCUCAACUGGCUUACCUGGUUAAAUUAAGGUGAAAUAAAAUAAAAUAAAAAAUCCUUGGGGCAUGGACUCUGAGGUGUUCACAGGGAUGCUGGCCCAUGUUGACUCCAAUGAUUCCCACAGUUGUGUCAAGUUGGCUGGAUGUCCUUUGGGUAGUGGAACAUUCUUGAUACACACAGGAAACUGAGCGUGAAAACCCCAGCUGUGUUGCAGUUCUUUACACAAACCGGUGCGCCUGGCACCUACUACCAGACCCUGUUCAAAGGCACUUAAAUAUUUUGUCUUGCCCAUUCACCCUCUGAAUGGCACACAUACACUAUCCAUUUCUCAAUUGUCUCAAGGCUUCAAAAUCCUUCUUUAACCUGUCUAUUCCCCUUCAUCUACACUGAUUUGAAGUGGAUUUAACAAGUGACAUCAAUAAGGGAUCAUAGCGUUCACCUGGUCAAUCUAUGUCAUGGGAAGAGCAUGUUUUGAAAGAGCAUUUUUCUCACAGAUAUUUCAACUGGAACACUGUAUCGCUGUCAGGAGCUUGGAGAUGGGUUGUUGUGAAUGACUUUCUUGUUCUUCCGCUAAUGACCAGCAAGUGAUCUCUCAUUUGUUACACAGGAACGCUUACCAACAGUGCCUUUAGCCGGAAUGUACAACAAAUCUGGUGGAAAAGUUCGGCUCACCUUCAAACUGGAACAAGAUCAACUGUGGAUUGGAACUAAGGGUGAGAUGGCCCCCUGGUUUGGUUGGAUCGUGUGUAAGGAAAAAGUGUUAUGGCGCUCACUCUUAUCUGUGUAUAUUCUUUCCUACAGAGAGGACAGAGAAAAUCCCUAUGGGCUCCAUCAAACAUGUGGUGACUGAACCCAUUGAAGGUCAUGAGGAUUAUCACAUGAUGGUAACACGUUUCCUUACUACAAACUGCACAAGCCAGAUUGACAGUUGAUGUAAUGUAUGUUUUUUCCCAUAAACACAUACAUUACUUUGUGUAUUUUGUCAAAAGUAGCUAUCUUAAUAUCAUUUAUGGUGCAAUAAUUUUUCUCAUUCACUUUCCUAGGCAUUUCAGUUGGGUCCAACAGAAGCCUCUCAGUAUUGGGUCUACUGGGUGCCAAUUCAGUUUGUUGAUGCAAUCAAAGACACAGUCCUUGGAAAGUGGCAGUAUUUCUAAUGUGCCUCUAUUAUUGACAUUGAAGAACUGCGAUCUAGAACAGGAACAAAUGAAAAUGGGGAUCUGGAGACAAGGAGUCCUAAGGAACUUAACAUUGAAGCAUAUUAGAGAAGCAAACUGAAGGAUGCCUAUGGACUAAUCAUAUUAUUUUGGGUUUCAAGUGCACUAUGAGGCAGCAUCAUAUUCCUCAGCCCAGUUCAUCAUUCAUUUUUUUGAGCAAACCCAAGGGAAAACAAUAAAACUAAAUGUACAGAGAUUGCGGAUGCAUUUCUCACAGUUAUUCUUAAAGUAAUAAAAUGUAUUUAAGGAAAAGAAAGCUGCACUAGGACAUUUGAAUGUGGUAGCCUAUGUUGUAUUUAUUCUAUGGAUCAACACAAGCAAACUUGCCAAAGUUGAAUCCGGUUUCUAAUGGUCUCAAGAUAUUGG